AUGAAAAUCAAACAGAUAACUAAACAGUUUAGUUUAAAACAAAUAAAUAGCACUACUGAUGGUAAUAUCAGUAGUAGUGGUAGAAUUGAUUUCACAUCUGCCUACUCUGGACCACCUCUAUUAAUGGCUAGUAAACAAAUUGAAAAUGGCCUACUGAAUUGUAAACACUUACCCAAUUCUAAAAUGUUUUACAUGUCAAAUGCUACAAUCAACAACAACACCAUGAACACAAAUAACAAUAACACUAGUACAUAUAUUACUAAUGUCAAUAAUAGUAGUAGUGGUAGCAAUCAAAAUUAUGAAAGUUUACAAUGUCUUUUAUCCAGUGAAGCACAAAAUCACACCGAUUCAAAAUCAUUAUUUCUUCGUAAAUUAUCAUCAAAAUCACAAAAAUCCAAGCCAAAAAAUCCGGUUACAAAAUCUAUACAAAAUUGUGAAAUACCAACAACUUCUAACAGAGCUGUACUAAUUAAUGAAUCCAUUAACUGUAAAACACCGAAUUUAAAAUCCCCGCCAAUCACACCGGAAUACAUUCAAACAAAACAAUCAUGGAAGGAUAGAACAAAGUCGUGGCUAGCUAGCAUUUUACGCAUUGAUACAUUUUCUUGUCGUAAACACACUACACACUUGAAUAUUUGCUCAAAUUUCAGUGAUUACAUUCAUUCAAGUCGCAGACGUAAACAAAUCUUACUAGUGAUUUUAAUUAUAUCGAUAUUAUUAUUAAUUAUUGUAAUUAUUACUAUGGUUGUAUUGUAUAAUCAGUAUGAUGAAUCGCUAACGACAAUAUAUGGAACCUCCUCUUCGUAUUCAUCGUCAGAACCCUUGAUGCCACCGGUGAACAAAUUGUCACCAGUGAAGAAAACACAUCAUCCACCUGUGUUAUCGUCCAUUCAUUUACCGACUACUGAUAGUAGUAUUAGUAGUAGUAGUAGUGAUAGUAAAACUGAACAACAAAAGUGUAAAACACAAAAGUUUUGUUUAAAUGUCAGCUGUCUACAGAUUGCUUCUAUAUUAGCUGAACGUUUGGGCCGAUAUAAUCGACCAAAAAGUCUAGUCAACCUGUUAGACAAGUGUUCACCGGAACAGAUAGAUGAAAUUAUUAAAAUAUUCUACAUUGGUGAUGAAUUUCAUCUCUCGAAUAAUGAAAACAGUUUGUAUAGAUUUAAACAAAAACGCUUGUUCACCUUAUGGUCAUAUGUUAGUGAUCAGUUACAGUCCUACGUGAUCGAAGAUAAAAAUCGUCCAUUUCUCCUAUGGACUGAGAAAUUGGCUUAUUUAUUCCAGAAUAUGAUUGAUCAGUACAUGUUUAAGCGGAAUUUAACUGACACUAUGACUAGUAAUCAAACCAAACAUGAUCCUAGUACAAUAAUUGGGGAUGGUCAGGAUUAUGAAAAGUUACUGUUGAAUUCUUCAAAACAACACACGCCUAAUCAUCAAAAUGAUUCUAAUAAUGUGACAGAGGUAAAUAAUACCAGCCUAAUGUAUACAUCAAUUGUGCCUAAAGUCGGAACAACUGUGCCAUUUCCAUUUUUCACAUCACCGUAUACAGCUUCAGCGACGAAGACACAAGAAUUUAAUGAAUUCGACAAUAUAGCUAUGUCAUUUCAUACGGAAUUAGAACAACUGAACGCGCUGCUGCAAAUGGGUAAUAUUGCCUUUCAUGGGUUAGAUAAUGUCCUAAUCAAUGUACAGCUUCAUUUACGUGUACCGCUAUUCUUUACUGCAUGGAUUGCUCGCUCUCAUACGCCUGGAUUAAUGGAUUCACUUAUUCCUAUGUUGGAAAACUGUGAACAAUUGGAAUUACCAGGCUAUGAAGAAUUGAAAAAAUUUAUACCAAUUGAUUCUGCGCCGUACCAGACCACUUCAUCGUCAUCAUCUUCAUUUCAGCCGCCACCACUGUUUCCCUCUUCCAUCUCUACUUCCUCUGCAUCAUCAUUUCUUUGGAAUCGUGUACACGAGCUACAGAAUUAUAUUCAUCAUCUUGGCCAGCUGGCGUGGAGAGCAAGAUAUUCACAUAUAACAAAACGAAAUACUACAGAUGAAGUGAAAUCGUUGAAUUUAUCUGGAGUUUUACCAGUUUUGUAUAAAAUUCAAAAGUUAAAUCACCUUGAUGACCAGAAAUCUGUGAAGUCGCAGAAAAUGACAUUACGUGAUUUGAUGCAAAUUACCCAGCAUACAAUCAACUUUCCACGUUAUUUGGGUAAAUUGACAUCAUGGAAUCAUGUCAAUGUGAUGCCAAGAGAUAUGCAAGUAUGGGUUGCAAAUGUCGACUAUUAUGAAGAAUUAGGUCAUAUUUUACAGCAAACAUCAUUCAGUGAAUUACAAGACUAUAUCACCUUUGCAAUACUUCACAAAUAUGGUGGAUUUGUUGACCAACAAAUAGCACAACUGAAGAGGAAACUUCUUAAACCUUAUGCAGAAAGUCUUGGGAUUGAACAAGUCUCUUAUUGGCCGUUUCUCUUGGAUAUAGCUUCUCCAGGAUUAAAACUGAUUCUUCAAAGUAGAUGGAAUUUAGGUCAACUAAAUCAUGCAGUUAAACAAUUUCAUGUGGAAAUUUUAACACCAGUACAAGCUUUAUUUGCAAAGCUGUUGAAUAAUUCAAUGCCUGAUACAAUGAAAUGUCAUGAGUUGUCAAAAAAGAUAAGUAGUAUGAAAAUACAACUUAUGUCACAUAACGAUCAUAUGUGGAUGGAAGAAUUUUAUUCUGAGCUGAAAAUUCAACCCAAACAAAGUCUUUUAAUGCAAUUAGUUAAAUUUAACAAUUUUCUAUCAAGAAAGGCUAUAUCUACAGAUUUAUCUAAAUUAAUACCAGACCUUGGCCUCAGUUCCGGUGGUAGUAAACUUCUUCAAUAUGUUGAAAGUUCUAAUAUACUCGAGAUAUCUGUUCUACUUCUUCAAUGGCCUUAUUUUAUGCCUGAUUUAUCUAUACCAAGAUACUUAAAUUGUGGAUAUUUAUGGCAUUCAGUAGCCAAAAUUAUAUCGAAUUUAAUUAUCGACAAUAAAUGUUUUGAUGUGAAAAGUUUUUAUGGAAGUGAUACAAGUGAAUUUGAACGAUAUGUAAGAAAAUUUUUAUUAGAUUCAAACAUGCUGGAUCAUUGGACAUCAUGGUCGAAAACACCGCAUAUCAUCCAGUCAACUUUGGCUAUUGAAAUCACUGGACGAAUAUAUGAAGAAUAUUUACAAACAAAUCAGAAUCAACCAGAUUCCAAUUUACCAGGAAUAUUUUUUACAACUAAAGAACUAUUUUAUCAAUGGAUAUUUCAACUUAUCUGUCCUGGAUUCGACUACAGCAAUAUUAUAACGCAUAAUCAAGUUUUAUUGAACAGUAUGAAAGAAUGUGAUGCAAUUCGUACAGCGCUGAAAGCAUCGCCUACAUUUAGAUGGCUUAUGAAUUGUCCAGAAUCGCCUUCGUCUUCACAUAGGAAAACUGGCAGUUAACUGUAUGGAGCCUAUUCAUCAACUGAAAGCUGUAAAUCAAUAUUUUUUUAAUAUAAAAAUACAUCCAGUUCAAGAGGUGUCAAUAUCUGCUUAGAGAUUUAUGUGAUGGUAAUAAAAGUAUCAGAAAUUAUUUGUACAUAUG